GUCGUCGCCAAAAGGAUGCACAGCACAGGCACAGCUCAGAGCUGCUGCUCCUAGCAUCUCUUCAACUUUGAAGAGCUCUGCUGGUUCUCCUCCUCUGAGGCUUCUCGUUGAAAGCGGCAAGUGUUUUCUCAGUUAUCAGGGACAACACUUGCUGCAAAAGGAUUAGCCCGAUAAACUAAGCAAUCAGGAGAAAACAAGAGGUGUUAUUUCAACUGCAGAGUGCAGAGAGAGAGAAAAAAUCUAAAAUGGGGAAGAGAAGUCAAAGUCGGCCUAUACGACGUCAGGAAAACAAUAUAGGCUGCAUGUCGGGCUUCAUCCGCAUGUUCUAUUUCCGCCAUGACGCCAAGUUCUUGUUGGACAGGAAUCAAGGGAGCAGAAGGCACACUUUCAGUGGUUUUACUGGAAGAGGGCACUCAAGAAAGAAGUCCAGGGACUUUGAGGAAAUAGAUGAAGACGGGGAUAACAUGGACAAAUGCAGUUCAAGAAAACCAACAAUCAAAAGACUUAUGGAGGAUGAGCUAGGAAAGGUAAAACAGUUGAAGAUUCCAAAUGAUGAGGUUCAAAGAAUAUUAGCUGACCUGGGACAUGGUGUCUGUCUGGACCAAAGUUCAACGCAGGACAGCAAAUCAAAGGGAGACCAAAAUCACAACACAAGCGUCACCGUGGCUUCUCCAUCCAGAUCUUUGGAUCCCAGUUGUUCCAACAGCAUGAAAGAAGCAGAAGAAAAUGAACUUGAGCUUGCCUUGGCAGAUUUCUUGGGGCAAAUCCAUAGGUACCAUGAUGAGUGGCCACAUAAAAAUUGCAAGAAUAAGAGUGAACUGUGUACUGAGAUGAAGUUCUUAAUCCAAAAGAAGCUUAACGAGUUAAAUGAUCCUCCUUGCAGUCUUGCUUAUGAGCAAACUCUGCAGAGUGGGGAAAAGGAGAUUGCUCAUGGCAAACAUAUUUGUAGCAGCAGGGAAUCUCAACCCAAAAAAAUCAGAGAUGCAUUAGAGAUGCUAAGCUCAGACACUGAACUUUUCUUGAAGAUACUACAUAAGCCGAAUUCACAUAUUUUGGAGAACAUCCAGAGGCACCAAAACAGGCAGAUAGGAACCAAGCUAGAGUCCGCGAAAACACCAGGGAAUACCGACUCCAUCGAAGAUACUAAGAGUCCAAAUCAGCAAGAGUUGGCCACCAAGACACAUGAUAAAGAGAGCACGCAUAUCUUUUUCUGGAAGAAGGAAAGAUCAAACACAGGGCAUACUGCAGAAGGAAACAAUAGUUCUCAGCCAGUUAACAAAAUAGUUAUACUGAAGCCAAAUCCAAGAAGAGGGAUUGACCCUACUGUGGCUACUAGUUCAACUCAAACUCCAGAACUGAAUGCAACUGAAAAUUUAUUUUCAAUUAAGGAAAUCAAGAGGAGAUUCAGAAUCGUGACUAGCGAAGCUAGAAAAGAAAGGCCCUUGGUGUAUGAAGAUAACCUCCAAAAAGAUCAACAUUGGCUCAAAAGUUCAGCUUUCACAAUUAGAAAAGAUACCAGACAGCUCGCUGAACAGAACUCAGAAGAGAAAGCUUCAUCUACGGCUAAAAAGGGUUUUCGGCCUUCAACUAACAGUAGGCAAAAGCAAAGGAAUGAUGGACCAGGUGAAAUUAACAGUAACAUAAUUACAUCAUCAAAGGAUGAAUUUAUCUUCUACGACGAGGCCAAGAAACAUCUGACAAAUAUUCUGAAGGACAAAAGUCAAACCACAAAGUACCCAACACUUCAGAUCUCAAGAUCCUCCUUGAUAAGAAUGCUUUCCCUCCCUCAAUGCAGCACAUCAUCACCUAGGAGUAAUAAAUGCAGCACACCAUCACCUGGGAGCAGCCCUAGGGCAAAAGACCGCAUGGACCUUUCACCAGAAGAGGCAAAUAUUUGUGCCAUAUACAAGGCUAAGAGAGAAGAAUUUGCAAAAGAAGAAAGCCAGUCGGGGGAAAUUUCAGUAAGUGUUGCAUGUGGUACUAGUGAAGCCCUGCAUGAGCAGGCUGUUCAGGAAUGGCAAUGCAUCAAAGAAGAAAGUCAAGAAACAACUCAAGAUGGUGCUGAACUUGACACUGUGCGCACUGAAGAAAUUGACAAGCUGGAUUGCUCGGAAAAAAUUAGCAAUUCAUGGUGCAUCCCAGAAGAGCAAUGCAGAUAUAACCCAUCGCUAAAUAAUGUGGAAGGAGCAGAACCAGGAAAAAAGCAUGUUGGGAUGUUUCCAAGCUCCCUUGAGAAUGUUGUUGAAAAGUCAGAAUGCCAAGAGCCAGCAACUCCCCGAUCAAGUGCAUCGGUUGAGCUGAUAUCACAAUUUUCUCUUGAGGGAAGCCAUGAGAAGCAAGAGCAACCCAGUCCUGUAUCUGUCCUCGAUCCGUUCUUCAAUGAAGAUGUCGACAACCCUGACAGUGAAGACAUGAUAAAAUGUGAACUGCACGCAGAUAUCUUGAGGCCACAGUACACCGUAGAUGAUGGAUCAGACCAAGGGAUUUCAUGGGAGGACAAAGGUGUCAGGUUAGGUUACAUAAAGGCGUUGCUAGAACUAUCAGAAUUAUGCACAUACCAGAACUUAGAGGUAUGGUAUCUAGAAGAUGAAUUAAUCAGCACUUGCUUGUUUGAAGAACUACAUCAAGGCAAUCAAAUAGAUGAUACAAAGCUCCUCUUUGACUGCAUUUGUGAAGCUGUGACAGAAAUCCAGAGCACAUACUUUAGAAGUCAUCCAUGCUUAUCUUCUCUCAAACACAACAUAAGGGCACCCCCAAUGGGACAAAAUCUCAUCUCAGAAAUCAAUAAGCAUGUUGAGCGCCAUCUCCAUAAUCAAUUUCCAAGCACAUUAGACCAGCUAGUUAACAUGGAUCUUGAAGAUGGCAGUUGGAUGGAUCUUCGAUCAGAAAGUGAAGAGAUCACUGUGGUGUUAUGGGACUUCAUACUAUAUGAACUAUUAGAAGAAGUUGUUUAUGAUUUGUGUAUUUGAAGCCUCAGUCACCUAGUCACAGUUGAAGUCUCCCUAAAUACUAUUUGUAGAUUGAUCACACAACAAGUCAGCAACUAGAGUCAUAACUCGUACAUAGAAGUUUUCAUACUGACAAUAACCUGUUUGUGUGGAAGAAUCUGGUAAUUUGAACCUGGAGGACCACUGAAACAAUGUGCGCUUGUGAAUUUGAGUAGUUCACUUUAGGAGUCCAAGUACAGCAGAAAUUGUUCUUAAAGUCAUCAGCUGCAGCUAUGUCACAGCUUCCUCAGCCAUGCAAUGGAUAUAAUUAACUUUUAACAGAUUCA